AUGAACGGUCAGUCUGUGUUAUCGUACGAAGACUUUGUGUCUUUGCAUUCAAACCAAUUGCAGGCAUCAGAAGUGCCGCAAAUAUUUUGGCCAAAACUUUAUGACAAACUUUUGGCCGAUUCUUUGGAUUCUGGACUCGACUUCAGAAUCGAUGCAAUUGUUUACAACGAAGACGACGACGAAGAUGUGGACGACGUGCCGCAUAGGAACGGCUCAUCUGAUCCACAACCCAAUGAUACCAUUAAUAUUGAUGCGAACCGACGAGUGAGCGAUACUCAGCGCUCUUAUCGUGUCGUUUGCAUCAAAGAAGAGGGAAUCGAUGUCUUGAGUGACACCACAUGUGAUGCCAUUUAUCUAAUCGAUCACAUGAUUACCUAUCGUUGCGAUCAAAUCCACGAUAUAUUGCUUCAGACAAAUGGUCUGAUCGAAAGGUUAAGCGAUUUGUUUGAACUCAAGUUCGAUGACAUUGAGGACAGGGAACUAAUGGCCAGAACUAUAGCAAAAGAGUUGUGGAAAUGGAAUCAAUGCUAUUCUAUAGAGUCAUCGGAAGUGGAAAAUUCAUUACCGGUUUGGUAUUUGAUGGAUGAGUUCGGGAGUCGUAUUCAGCACUCAACUGAUCCCAACUUCCGUUGUGUCCCCUUUUACUUCAUCCCCAGAGGUAUCGCGUAUUCACUUCUCUUUCCCAUUAAAUCGGUUUCGUUUGGCGAAGAAGUGACCCGUAAUUACAUCGAGGGAUCACUAAAUGAUGAGUUCACUGAAAAUCGUGAUCUUUUGUCGACUGCUUUAAUGCAUCCGUGGAUUGGAUGUGAUUUGUCAGAAGUGGACGCAAACCAAACCGAACCCAACAUUGCAUUCAUUAGACGCGGAAGAGUUGAAGAAAGUUAUGCAUCAGAAGUGCCGCAAACAUUUUGGCCAAAACUUUAUGACAAACUUUUGGCCGAUUCUUUGGAUUCUGGACUCGACUUCAGAAUCGAUGCAAUUGUUUACAACGAAGAGGACGACGAAGACGUGGACGACGUGCCGCAUAUGAACGGUUCAUCUGAUCCACAAUCCAAUGAUACCAUUAAUAUUGAUGAGAACCGACGAGUGAGCGAUACUCAGCGCUCAUAUCGUGUCGUUUGCAUCAAAGAAGAGGGAAUCGAUGUCUUGAGUGACACCACAUGUGAUGCCAUUUAUCUAAUCGAUCACAUGAUUACCUAUCGUUGCGAUCAAAUCCACGAUAUAUUGCUUCAGACAAAUGGUCUGAUCGAUAGGUUAAGCGAUUUGUUUGAACUCAAGUUCGAUGACAUUGAGGACAGGGAACUAAUGGCCAGAACUGUAGCAAAAGAGUUGUGGAAAUGGAAUCAAUGCUAUUCUAUAGAGUCAUCGGAAGUGGAAAAUUCAUUACCGGUUUGGUAUUUGAUGGAUGAGUUCGGGAGUCGUAUUCAGCACUCAACUGAUCCCAACUUCCGUUGUGUCCCCUUUUACUUCAUCCCCAGAGGUAUCGCGUAUUCACUUCUCUUUCCCAUUAAAUCGGUUUCGUUUGGCGAAGAAGUGACCCGUAUCGCGUAUUCACUUCUCUUUCCCAUUAAAUCGGUUUCGUUUGGCGAAGAAGUGACCCGUAAUUACAUCGAGGGAUCACUAAAUGAUGAGUUCACUGAAAAUCGUGAUCUUUUGUCGACUGCAUUAAUGCAUCCGUGGAUUGGAUGUGAUUUGUCAGAAGUGGACGCAAACCAAACCGAACCCAACAUUGCAUUCAUUAGACGCGGAAGAGUUGAAGAAAGUUAUGUUUCCAUGGAUUCCACAUAUUAUCCAGAAUUACCCCAAAAUCGCAAAAUUAAAGUCUAUUCUCAUUACAAGUAUAUUAAUGAAUAUUUAAGUCACGAAUCGUUUGAAAUAACGGACUCUACAGCGGAGGCAGACAUCCUUUGGUUGAGCUCUCAUUUCAAAGAAUUCAAAGAACUCUUGGAUGAGAAGCCAAAUGUCUUUAUAAAUCAAGGUAUCGCGUAUUCACUUCUCUUUCCCAUUAAAUCGGUUUCGUUUGGCGAAGAAGUGACCCGUAAUUACAUCGAGGGAUCACUAAAUGAUGAGUUCACUGAAAAUCGGGAUCUUUUGUCGACUGCUUUAAUGCAUCCGUGGAUUGGAUGUGAUUUGUCAGAAGUGGACGCAAACCAAACCGAACCCAACAUUGCAUUCAUUAGACGCGGAAGAGUUGAAGAAAGUUAUGUUUCCAUGGAUUCCACUUAUUAUCCAAAAUUACCCCAAAAUCGCAAAAUGAAAGUCUAUUCUCAUUAUAAAUAUAUUAACGAAUAUUUAAGUCACGAAUCGUUUGAAAUAACGGACUCUACAGCGGAGGCAGACAUCCUUUGGUUGAGCUCUCAUUUCAAAGAAUUCAAAGAACUCUUCGAUGAGAAGCCAAAUGUGUUUAUAAAUCAGUUUCCAUUUGAACACAUAAUUACUGUCAAAGAUUUGUUUGCAAUCGUUUGUCGGCGAAAGAAUAGCACCCAUUCUGUGGACGAGAAUAGUUUGUCAACUCGUCCCGAAUGGUUGGCCACCACUUAUAACUUGCAAACAGAAAUCGUUAAAUUUGUCGCGUAUUUCCAAAAGCGAGCGAAACGUGGUUUAGAUAACCACUGGAUCUGUAAGCCUUGGAAUUUGGCCCGAAGUCUGGACACACAGAUCACCGACUCUUUGGACUGUAUUAUUCGACUCCGAAAUACUGUUCCCAAAGUUGUCUGCAAAUACAUUACAGAACCGGUUCUGUUCCGGAGGAAUGAACUGAACGGAGCUCUCGUUAAGUUUGACAUACGAUAUAUUGUUCUCUUGAGAUCAGUAUCUCCUCUCGAAGUCUAUGUUUACAAGUAUUUUUGGCUCCGAUUUUCAAACAAAGCAUUUUCUUUGGAUAACUUCGAUGACUACGAAAAACAUUUUACAGUAAUGAACUAUAAGACAGGACUGGAAGGCGAGCCCACACCUGAUAAUCAACAAAAUGACAUUCAAUUUAAACAAAUGUUUUGUAGCGAUUUUAUCGACCAGUUUAAUGAACAAUACGGACCCGACUAUUGCUGGACUGAUGUCGAGCGCGAUAUAUACAAGACAUUGAAAGAAGUGUUUGAAUGCGCGACUUCCAGACCACCCCCUCAUGGAAUCGGACAUAACUUACAAUCGAGAGCUUUAUAUGGAGUCGACGUUAUGUUGAAGUGGCAAACAAACAGCCAAACAGAGGCCAAACGCAUACAACCGGUUGUACUGGAGAUGAAUUGGGCGCCCGAUUGCGAGAGAGCCUGUCUUUACUACAACCACUUCUAUAAUGAUAUCUUUUCGACGCUAUUUCUCAAUGAUUUCGAUCCAAAUGCUAAUAAUGUAAUACUUUUAUAGAUUUUGUUUAAAUCAU